AUGUAUCAUUAUUAUUCGGGUGCUAGUAAUAAAACUCUUACAAAACCAAUUUCACCAUUAAUGAUGGAAAAUACUAAUACAUAUUUUCGUGAAACAGCUUUUGAUCCGCUUAAUUAUGCAUUUGAUGCUGAAACAAUGAUUGAACCAUUUACAUAUUUUCAAGAUGGUCCAGGCGAAUCUCGUCGAAAACCAAUUAUAUUUCCGUCAAUAUCAUCUUCGUCUUCAUUUUCAAAUUCUCUCUGGUCGCCUACAAGUAGUAUAUCACCAUCGGAUGAAAAUCCUCCGAAUCAUUAUCAUCAAUAUAAUAAUAUGCUUCAUUCAAAACAUCAACAACCUCCUCAACAAUCUCAAUAUUCUAAAACAAUUUGUCGACAUUGUAAAAGUCAUAAUAUGCCAGAAUGUCUUUAUACUUCUCAUUCAAUGUAUGAUGAAACUGGAGAAAUAUUUUGUCCUGUGUUAAAAAAAUGUCAUUGCGCUAAUUGUAUUCGUGUUAUUAAUUCAACUGAAAGACACGAUGACGAUUCCGACGAUGAUAAUAAUCUACGUUAUCUUUCGAAUGAUAAUGAAUUCGGUCAUUUAUAUGAAAUUGACCAACGACAAAAUUAUUAUCGUUUAAAUAACAACAACAAUUUUUAA